AUGGCGGGCGCGUCGACUGAAUACGCGCCGCCUCUGCUGAUAACCCAUCUGAAAGAGAACUUGGUCCUCGAAGAAAUCCCGGGCUGCUCAAUACUCGCCCAGCGCCUACAGGCUCGGACGCCGCCGUUUGAAGAACCGUCGGUGACCAUCGCUCCCAUCUCCGCUCCUGUUGACUUCCUCUGCACAGGCUGCGGUUUCGAAGCAGUCGAUGAACAAGCCCUGUUGGUGCAUUCCUAUCAGUGCGGUACUUUCCGCCGCACUAUCCGAGGCGGGUGGACGCAACAGUCCGAAAUGCGAGCUUUGGGAACCCACAAAUGUAGAUUCUGUGACUAUAGGGACUACGCCGAGUACAACGUGAAGAAACACGAGCAGCGGAGUCAUUUCGGCCUACGUUGA